UAACUACCAACUGAUUUUCUACACUUAUGAAAAAACUACUUCAAUAUUUUACAGAUUCACAUACUCGCAGUACUAUUUGUUUAUUUAAUGAAGAUGAACCAGUGCUUCCAUUUGGCUGCUUCAAAUCUGAAUAUACAAAAAAAUAUUGUAUUCCCGAACAAACACCACGUCGAUGUUUAUUAAGAAGAUCCACCUCAUUGCAUCUUGAAAAAGGUUUAAUGAAUAUAAAAACUGAACAACAAUCACAAUAUCUUCCAUAUUCUCAAGAGGAUAUCCAAAGCUGCCGAACAUAUCCCAUCAAAAAUCCAGAAUCCCUACAUUUCAUUGGUGAGACUGAAAUGACUGGAGAAUAUCGAUCAUCGUUUAUUUCUUAUCCCAUGAUUGAUCGAACUUCAUCAAUUUUACCCCGAGAAGCUUUUAAAGUUUCCGAAACUGAAACUACACCAUCCGAUGAUCGUCUUAAGAGAGAAAUAGUUCCCCGAAAGACUCAACUCAACUUUGAAGGAGAAUCAUCAUUUGCUCCAUCAGAAUACCGACGACAAUAUAUCCAGUUUCGAAUUGAAAAAGCCCAUUCUAUACCCCAACUAAGUCAUAUCAAGAUCCAUGGUGACUUCAAGGGUAUUCCAGAGUAUCAAGACAAUUACAGAAUGUACGAUUGCUAUUCCAAAAGUGCUCCAAUCAAAAAAGCUGAUAACUUAACCAUUUCCGGAGAAGUUUCCGGUCCAAAAGAACUCCCAGAGUACCGUGAGAAAUUCAAAGACCCCCCAAAAAUCGUAGUUGAAAAGUCCCUAAAGGCUCAAGAUAACCUUAAUCCUCGGGGUGAAUUCACCAAAGAAGUUCCCGAAUACUUUGAAAGCUUUCGCGAUCCACAAGUUAAAGAAAAACCAGAACGUGGCAAAUGCCGGGAACCCUAUCUCCGUCUCAAGGGCAAACUUGAAUUCAAUCCCGAAUAUCGUAGUACUUAUUUGGACUUUCCCCGAUCUCGACCAGUUGUCAAAAAGGCAACUUCUUCAAUUCGCUUUCAAAAUGGCACUUCGCCAAGACGGAAAUUUAAGUCAAGCUCACCAAAUCGUUAUGUCGAAAUUGAUCCAACACUGCCAUUGACCCACCAGCCAGAGUACCGUCGAGCACAGUACAAUUAUCAAAUACGAGAACGAACGCCACCGAAAAGACUUGUCGACACUUUGACACAUCAACAAUCGCCCUCGAAAGCUGUCAAAGGGAGGGAGAAUAUAAAUACGAACUCUUCGUCGAAUGGGAAGACUCCACAGAAACGACGACCGUCAAGACCCGGCCAGACAGCAUCGAUUGGUGAGCUUAAAGCAAAGCAGGAAAGCUUUGAGAAUGUUGUUUCAUCUUCCAAGAAGCUUGCUAAGUUCGGCAGAAGGGCUUCCAUUGUACAGAAUACCAGGGAUAAAGUAUCGAUUAUUGAAGGCAAUGCAAAAUAUUCAACCAAGAGGCCAAAUGAUGUGCUGGCUCCGAGUAGAAAGGAUAAUAAGGAAUCGUUUGUUGUUUUGAAAGAACCUUGCCGAAAGAGUGCUUGGAUGAAGAAGUCUUGGUAUGAAUCGUAGAUUUUAAGGUUAUCGAUGAAUUUGUCGCAAUAAAAAACUGUGUUAGGUGUUAAGUAAAAAAAUUACCGAGGGCUUGAGAGUUUUAUUCGGAAAAAGGGAUUUUCGUGAAACGUAAGUAGCAAU